GGUCUACACCUACAAGCAGAAUGCCUUGACCAGACAGAAGGUGCAGCCGAUGCACCACAGCAGCAUGAGAGGGGUGGAGGACAUGGCGACACUGGAGGACCUUCAUGAUGGCGCCAUCAUGAACAACCUCUUCCUGCGCUACCAGCAGAGACACAUCUAUACGUACAUCGGCUCCAUCCUGGCAGCAGUGAAUCCGUACCAGCCGCUGCCGGGCCUGUACGAGCGUCCGGCCGUGGAGCUGUACAGCCGACAUCACCUGGGAGAAAUCUCACCGCACAUCUUCGCCGUCGCCAACGAGUGUUACCGCUCGCUGUGGAAGAGGCUGCAGAACCAGUGUGUCCUCAUCAGUGGUGAAAGUGGAGCUGGGAAAACAGAAAGCACCAAACUGAUCCUGAAGUUCCUGUCGGCCAUGAGCCAGCAUUCCCUGGAGGUCUCGUCCCGGGACAGAACGUCACAUGUGGAGGAGGCGCUGCUGGAGAGCAGUCCCAUCAUGGAAGCCUUCGGGAACGCUAAGACCGUCUACAACAACAACUCCAGCCGCUUCGGGAAGUUCGUCCAGCUUCAUUUCAGCCAGAAAGGAAACAUCCAGGGAGGCCGAAUCGUUGACUACCUCUUAGAAAAGAACCGAGUAGUGAGGCAAAACCCGGGAGAGAGAAACUAUCACAUCUUCUACGCUCUGUUAGCGGGAACCGACAGCCAGCAGAUGGAGGCGUUCGGACUGACCAACCCAGACAGUUAUCACUACCUGAGAAAGUCCAACUGCGCCACCGACAAGACAAUCAAUGACAAAGGCACUUUUAACGACGUUCUGAAUGCAAUGCGAACGAUGCAGUUCACAGAGGAGAGCAUCGGGGAGAUCCUGCGGCUGCUGGCUGGCGUUCUCCACACGGGGAACAUCGAGUUCAUGACGGCCGGAGGAGCUCAGGUCUCCUCCAAAACAGCUCUCAACCGGACGUCCGACCUCCUGGGACUGAACUCGGAUCAGCUGGCCGAGGUGUUGACUCACAGGUCCAUGAUCCUCAGAGGCGAGGAGAUCUGCACACCGCUCACUGUGGAACAGGCGGUGGACUCCAGAGACUCCAUGGCCAUGGCACUUUACUCUCAGUGUUUCAACUGGAUCAUACACAAACUCAACAGCCGCAUCAGGGGAAAAGAAGACUUCAAAUCCAUCAGCAUCCUGGACAUCUUUGGGUUUGAGAACUUCGAGGUUAACCACUUUGAGCAGUUCAACAUCAACUAUGCAAAUGAGAAGCUUCAGGAAUAUUUUAACAAGCACAUUUUCUCUCUGGAGCAACUUGAAUACAACAAGGAAGGCCUUGUUUGGGUCGACAUUAACUGGAUGGACAACGGAGAAUGUCUGGAUCUGAUUGAGAAGAAACUGGGUCUCCUGGCCCUGAUGAACGAGGAGAGUCACUUCCCCAAAGCCACAGACGACACCUUACUGGAGAAACUGCACAGCCAGCACUCGAAAAACUCUUUCUAUGUGAAACCUCGUGUUGCUGUUCACUUCUUUGGAGUCAAGCACUACGCAGGAGAGGUGGUGUAUGACGUCAGAGGGAUGCUGGAGAAGAACAGAGACACUUUCAGAGACGACAUCCUCAACCUGCUGAGGGAGAGCAGACUGGACUUUGUCUACGAUCUGUUUGAACACGUAUUGAGCCGCAACAAACAGGACACUCUGAAGAUCAGCUCCAAGCACCGGCGGCCCACAGUCAGCUCCCAGUUUAAGGUCUCUCUUCAUUCUCUGAUGGCAACACUCAGCACCUCAAACCCUUUCUUCAUCCGCUGCAUCAAACCUAAUACACACAAGAUGCCUGAUCACUUCGACCAGACGGUGGUUCUGAACCAGCUCCGAUAUUCUGGCAUGUUGGAGACGGUCAAGAUCCGACGCACCGGCUUCCCCAUCCGGAGGCCGUUCGAAGACUUCUGCACCAGGUACAAGGUGUUGAUGCGGGGUGAGUUGAUGCCAGAUGCCCAGGGGCGCUGUGUCCAGCUGCUGCACCUCUACGACAGCAGCAGUGCAGAGUGGCAGAUGGGAAAGACUCAGGUCUUCCUCCGAGAGUCUCUGGAGAAUCGUCUGGAGAAGCAGAGGGAGGUUGAGGUGCUGAGAGCCGCCAUGAUCAUCCAAGCCCACGUCACGGGAUACAUGGCCAGGAAGCAUUACCGGAAGCUGCUGCAGUGCAUUGUGGUCAUUCAGAAGAACUACCGGGCUUUCUACUGGAGGAGGAAGUUCCUGCUCCUCCGCUGGGCGGCGCUCACCUUCCAGAAACGGGUGCGAGGCCAGCUGGCCCGCCGGGAGUACAGCCAGCUGCUGGUGGAGAGGAGGAGGAGGGAGGAAGAGGAGCGCCACAGGAGGAUGCAGGAGGAGAUGGAGAGGGAGAGACAGAGGCUGGAGGCCGAGAGACUCAACAGAGAGGCUGAGGAGGCUAGCAGACUCGAGGAGCUGCUUCGUGCUGAAGAGCUAGCCUCUCUGGUUCUGGCUGAGUCUCAGCUGGCAGCAGCAGCAGCAGCAUCAACAUCAACAUCUGAAGCAUCGUCGGUCCCCACGGAGGAGGGGGAGUCAUCGGAGUCAUCGGAGUCAUCGGAGGUCAUCGAGCAGGCGUCUGAAGCCGAGGCAAUCCGUCCCCACGAGGCUACUCAGGUGGAGGAGAUCCUGCGGCUGGAGCGAGAGAUUCAGUCGCUGCAGAGGCAGAAGGAGCGUCAGGAGCUCUCCUUGACCGAGGCCUCCUUGAACCGCCUGCAGCUCCUCCGCGAUCAGGAGCUCAGGCGGCUGGAGGACGAAGCCUGCAAGGCGGCGCAGCAGUUCCUCGACUCGCUGAACUUCGACGAGAUCGACGAGUGCGUGAGGAACAUCGAGAGCUCCUUGGGUGUCAGAGAAGAAGAAGAAAAGGAGAAGGAGGACGAACGCAGGAGGGGCAACGAGGAGGAGGAGGUCGAUGAAGGGUUCGGAGCCGAUGACGAGGCCUUUAAAGACUCACCGAACCCGAGCGAGCACGGUCACUCAGACGGACAGCGGACGAGCGGGAUCCGGACAAGUGACGACUCAUCUGAAGAAGACCCAUACGCCAACGAUGGUGUGAUCCCACCAUUGCCCCCAACCGCCCUGCUUCACCAGCCCCUGCCUCUACCACCGGUGCCCCCAGCCUGCCACAGCGCCUCAUCCAGCGGGGACUCGGCCUACUGCCACCCCCAGGCUUCGUCCGAGGCUCAGUCCGACGACCUGGUGGAGCUCAUACCGCCAGAUGAGGAUUCGGACUACGAUCAAGACGACUACGACGAGGGCGCCAUCGUGUCCAGCGGCAGCGUGGCCUUCUCCAACCCUCGCAGCGGACAGUGGUCUCCGGACUACCGCGGCUCUGUGGGCACCUACAACAGCUCGGGGGCGUACCGCUUCAGCUCGGAGGGCGCUCAGUCAUCGUUCGAGGACAGCGAGGACGACUUCGACAGGUUCGACACCGAUGAUGAGCUGUCGUAUCGGAGGGACUCGGUCUACAGCUGCGUCACGCUGCCGUACUUCCACAGCUUCCUCCACAUCAAAGGCGGCCUGAUAAACACGUGGAAGCGGCGCUGGUGCGUGCUGAAGGACGAGACCUUCCUGUGGUUUCGGGCCAAGCAGGAGGCUCUGAAACAGGGCUGGCUGCACAAGAAGGGAGGCGGCUCGUCGACGCUGUCACGCCGAAACUGGAAGCGCCGCUGGUUCGUGCUGCGGCAGAGCAAACUCAUGUACUUCGAGAACGACAACGAGGACAAGAUCAAAGGGGUGCUGGACAUGCACAACGCAAAAGAAAUCAUUGAUAACACUGGGAAGGAGAACGGCAUCGACAUCGUGAUGGCAGAGAGGACCUACCAUCUGAUCGCAGAGUCUGCCGAGGACGCCAGGGAACGCUGGAUGUGGGGAUGAUCGAUUCGGUUUGUGCGUCAGAUAAUCCAGAGAGGCCGAACUCCUUCGUCAUGAUCACAGCGAACCGCGUGCUGCACUGCAACGCCGACACGCCCGAGGAGAUGCACCACUGGAUCACUCUGCUGCAGCGCUCCAAGGGAGACACAAGGGUCGACGGCCAGGAGUUCAUCAUCAGAGGCUGGCUGCACAAAGAGUUGAAGAACAGCAGCAAGGCCUCUCUGAAGCUGAAGAAGCGUUGGUUCCUGCUCACACACAACUCCCUGGACUACUAUAAGAGCUCCGAGCGCAACGCCCUGAAGCUGGGAACGCUGGUGCUGAACAGCCUCUGCUCCGUCGUUCAGCCGGAUGAAAAAGUCUUCAAAGAGACCGGCUACUGGAACGUGAUCGUGUACGGUCGGAAACACUCGUACCGUCUCUACUGUAAGCUGCUGAACGAAGCCACGCGUUGGGCCAACUCCAUCCAGAACGUCAUCGACACCAAAGCGCCCAUCGACACGCCGACGCAGCAGCUCAUCCAGGACAUCAAGGAGAACUGUCUGAACAUGGAGGUGGUGGAGCAGAUCUACAAGAGGAACCCCAUCCUGCGCUACAGCCACCACCCGCUGCACUCGCCUCUGCUGCCGCUGCCCUACGGAGACAUACACUUCACCACUCCGAGGAGCAGAAGUUACACCACGCUGCAGGAGGAGGCUCUGAAGGUGUUCAGCUCCCUGCAGCACCUGGAGGGCGUGGCCGACCCGGUGCCCAUCAUCCAGGGCAUCCUGCAGACCGGCCAGGAGCUCAAACCGCUGCGGGACGAGCUGUACUGCCAGCUGAUCAAGCAGACGACGCGGCCGAUGCAGCCGGGCAGCCCCGGGAACCUCUGCAGCUGGAAGAUCGUUGCCUGCAUGUCCUGCACCUUCGUUCCCACCAGGAGCAUCCUCAGAUACCUCAAGUUCCACCUGAAGAGGACUCGAGAGCUGUUCCCCGGCUCGGAGAUGGAGCGCUACGCCGCCUUCGCCCUGGACUCUCUGAGGAAGACUCGAGCCAGGGAGAACGUCCCGUCUCAGGAGGAGAUCCGCUCCAUCGUGGCUCGCCAGGAAAUGAACACCACGGUUCACUGUCACGGAGGAGGAUCCUGCAAGAUCACCAUCAACUCACACACCACCGCCGGAGAGGUGGUGGAGAAGCUGAUCCGCGGCCUCGCCAUGGAGGACAGCAGGAACAUGUUCGCUCUGUUUGAACACAACGACACCACAGCGAAAGCCAUCGAGAGCCGCACAGUGGUGGCCGACGUGCUCGCCAAGUUCGAAAAGCUUUCAGCGAGUCCAGACGAACAAAACACAGGCUGGAAGUUUUACUUUAAGCUUUACUGCUUCCUGGACACCGACAACGUUCCCAAAGACAGCGUUGAGUUCGCCUUCAUGUUCGAACAGGCUCAUGAGGCAGUUAUUCGUGGUCAGUAUCCGGCCCCUGAAGAGACUCUUCAGUUCCUGGCAGCCCUGAGACUUCAGUACCUCCUGGGUGACCACAGCUCACAGGUCACCAUCCCUGAAAUGUCCCAGGUGUUCCCCAUGGCGCGAUUACGGGCCCGGGUGCAGAACUCCGCCAAGACGUUCGCUCCGGGUAACGGCUCGGUGGCCGACCGCUCGGGGACGGCCGAGAGGAAACGCUCGAGUUUCCUGGAGGGAACGCUGAGGAGGAGCUUCCGGAGCGGCUCGCUGAGUCGGCAGAAGCUGGAGGAGGAGAACAGCCUGGAGGCCUGGAUGAGGGAGGAGGUGACAGCGGUGAGGACCAGCGUUAUAGACAAGUGGAAGAAACUGCAGGGAAUGAACCAGGAACAGGCCAUGAUGAAAUACAUGGCGCUGGUGAAGGAGUGGCCGGGAUACGGGUCCACACUGUUCAAUGUCGAGUCCCGGGACGGAGCGUUCCCCUCGGAGCUGUGGCUGGGCGUGAGCAGGGAGGCCAUAUCGGUGUACAAGCGAGGCGAGCCGUGGCCUCUGGAGGUUUUCCCGUAUGAGCUGAUUCUCUCGUUUGGAGCGCCGCUGCCCAACUCUUACAAGAUCGCUGUGGAGGGCCGAGAGCUAGUCUUCGAAACCCAAAUGGUCAUGGACAUCGCCAAACUGAUGAAGGCCUACAUCAGCAUGAUCGUCAAGAAGCGCUACAGCAACUGCCAGUCGGUCAGCAGCCACGGCAGCCAGUGCAGUGCCUGGUGAACUCGUCCCUUCAACCUUUGAGCUUUCGGCCACCUCACCUAUCGGAGUGCAGUGGAGGGUCGAGCGUGGCCGUCACCGGUCGUGCAUGGACGCCCGUCAUCUGCGCUCCGGAGAGAGCAGCUCGUACAUUUUUUAACACGUCGGACUGACUCUGAAUGCUGGAGACAAACCACGAUGCUCUUAAUGUUAAUUAGCUCAAAUUAUGUUUUGACAAGUUUUUCUUUCCGAAGCAUUACAGAUCCACACCCGAUAGAUCAGGACUGCAAAAGAAACAAGAAGCAUCAGCUGCUUCUGACUCAAAUUUGAGAGUCGACAGGAUCUGCUUUGCUAACGUAGAGCAAAUGUGAUCAUGUUUAUCAAAAGGGAGGUUUUCUACUUUUGUGCUCACCUGCAACACCAAGUCGACCAAAUCAGGAAGUCUCUAUACUCUAAAAAGUUAAAACUCAAACUACAGUGGCCUUUGUUGCUGGUAAUGUUUUAGAAGGAGUAAAGAGGAGCAAACAAUUGGCUCGGUCGUCAGAGUGAGCCGUCGACAUCACAGUGGUUUAAAUCUCUGCAGGUAUGCACUGAGCUCCGGUGCCACAACGAUGUAAUUAUGUAGGUUUGCAGAAAAGAAAAGGCCAUAAGACUGAGGGUGGUCGGACAUCUGAUAGCAAGCAGGAUUACAUUCAUAGUCGAUCACCAGAGGUUUGAACAAGUCCACACGCUGAGCUUAUACUACAAAUGUUAUGUAUGUGACAAAAGCCGGUGACGUAUGAAGCCUGAAACUCUUCAAAGUUGGAAUAUUUUCAUAAAUUGGUUCCAUAAAUGGGUAAUUUGUGCCCUCAAUGUCAUUAUGUUCCCAUGCACAGCUCACCAUCACAAUGGAGAGCUCAUAAACCUUUAAUAUAAAGGUUGCGUGAACUGAACAACAGAAUUAUCUGACGAAAGUCUAAAAUAACACAAUGUUGUGUUUAAGAGCAAAAUCUGACUUCAAUCAAAGUUUUUUUUAUAAAGUUCAAAUAUACUUUUAAAUUUAAGCAAACCAGGAUGACAAAUGAUUCAUUGAAGACAAUGAAUUAAGUAGUUAAACGGUAAAAAUGACCGACUAUUUGUCAUAUUUUACGAGGCUUCUGUAAGAGUACAACACAAAUGAGGCAACAGAUUCAACUUCUCACUGUAUUAUAAACCAAAGAAAAGCAGCUGAAGGUUUCAUUUAAUCACAGUUUUAUCUUUAAAGUGUGGUUAUGUUCUGUUUUGGAAUAAAACUGAUCAUUUCUUCUUGAUGCUAACUUGCUAACGUGCUGCAGCACUACAAGGACUGUUGCUGCAGGACGGGGCUGUUACUGAGGUUUUUGUGUGUAAGAGUGAAUGUGUGUGAGAGAGUGUGUGUGUGUGUGUGUGUGUGUGUGUGUGUGUGAGUCUAAAGAAAGGUAUGUCUACAAGCUGCCCGAAUGUAAAGUUUAAAAAGAAAAAAAAGAAAAAAAAAGCAGGGAAGAUGGAGAGAAGAAAAUAGUCUGAACGCCUUUUUCGUCUGCUUUGAAAACUCUGGGACUUCUCGACUUUCUAUACAAACGUUCUCCAGGAUGAUCUGCUCACUGUAAAUAAUACGCAACUCUACUCUUCUCAAGCAUUUCAAGUUUGUGAUUGAUCGCUUUGAUUGAUUGAUUUGCUGGUAAUAACGACGGUCACACACUAAAGUGCCUGUUUGAACUAAAAGCAGGACGAUCUCCAAUCACACUUUUGAUGCCACUCUCGUUCCUGUGUUAAGCAGAAUCUGGAAGGUGCUCCCACGUUCCCUUUAACUACCAAUGUACUUGUGCACCGCAAAAUCUGUCCCACUGCACACGUCACUCAAGCUAAACUCAUAUUAAAUGCAGUGUUAUCUUUAAAUCUAUCAAUCGUGAGAAGGGGAAGAACACGAGAUGACUGCAGAUCGCGUAUCGCUACGACACACAAACAUCAAAGCACUUCUUAAAGUUGAAUUUAGCCAAAUUUAUGAGACUAACGUUUCUUCAAAUUAAUACAUGAAACUAAAUCUUCCAUUGACUCCAUCUUGUGUCCUCUUCUUCUGCAGUGAUAUAAUGGUGUGCGACUUGAAAAUUAGCACUGAAUCAGCUGUUGAAAGCGCUCAUUAAUUUGCAUUUUUAGGAAAUUCGGUUCAAAUUUGAGCUACACUUAAAUGGAAACUUGGCUGUCGGUGGCACUGCUCUAUGUAGAUAUUGGACUUUUACAGUAAAGAGUUUUAAUAUUAUAUCAAACUAAAGAAAAAUUAAGAAUUUAAUUGGAAUCACAAGAUCAAAAAAGACUUACGUCUGGUUAUUUUAUUGAUAUACCAUUUUUAAAAUGUAUUUUCCAGUAAAUAUCAUGGCAUAUAUCAAUUUAACAAUGUAAAAUACAGGUUCUUUGAUAGAUUUUUACCCAUAUCAACCCUCAAGGAUUGGGAAUUUCUCAAACAUGCUUUGCCAAUGAUGGUUAAUGAGGUUUUAAAUCGUUCUGUCUGCAGUUUUAAAGAAAUGUAGUAGUUUGCAGCCAAUGUGACACUAUGAAAAGCUGUGGUAGUCAUCUAUAAAUACAAACAGAUUCAACACUUUUUAAGUUUGAAACUAACAAAAAAAGGUUUUUAAAAAUAACCCUGCAUAUUAAGAGAUAAGAGAUCAUUUGUAUGUGUUGAAUAUGUUCUAAGUGUUCAUAUUUGCUUCUCAAGCACUUAAAACUACGUAAAAAUCCACAAAAUGUGUGGUGCGGUUAUUGUGCGCUAUAUAAGGCUUUAAAAUAUAUUGUGCUGUCCUUUCAAGCCAAACUCAGACUGUAGAAAUGAGCGAUUGGUCAGAUUUUAGCUUGAAUGACGUGCUCAGUCGGACUGUUUGCAGCGUGACAUUCCUACAACAUUUCAGUGGAGCUCCGCGGGCGGCAGAUCCAUCCAAAGAUGCGUGUGCAGGUUUCUUCCACAGUGCCUUGUUGUAUAUUCUGUACACUUAUUUUGUUUUUCAUGUGUGGUUUCUUUUUUGGUAUAAUGUGCAAUGUUAUAUAUAUAUAUAUUAUAUAAUCAUGUGGCUGUACAUUUUAUACUGUAAGUCUUUGCCUUCUAUUUUUUCCCUGAAUGAUGACCAUGUGGCGACUUUCUCAAGAUAGAAAUCUUGUUAUAUUUUUCUUAAGCAACCAUCCAACUUACUGUGGACCUUUGAUACAAUACUGGUAUCUUGUUUUUAUCUGUAUUAGCUGUGUUAUGUA